AUCGCGAUCAGAUACAUAAUAUGACCGCGCCGUAACCUGCCUUCGCAUCCCCCCGCAAUGGCCGCCAAACGAACUCGCGCAGCCUUCGAGGCUGAUCUACAAGCGCAUCAGUCCCCCUACGCCUUCUUCGGAACUCCUCUUCCCCCGCUGGAUGAUCGCGUCCGCGACGAUGGCUCCUACGAGCCCAUCUGGAAACAGGAGGUGACCGACGACCGGGGAAGGAAACGCCUGCACGGCGCCUUCACCGGUGGUUUCAGUGCCGGGUGAGCUCACGAUUCGUCGAUCGCGUUGGACAGCACACUAAAAUGUGGCCCCGUCUUUUUCCAGGUACUUCAACACCGUCGGUUCGAAGGACGGUUGGGCCCCGACGGCCUUCGUGUCGUCGCGCCAGAACCGAGCAAAGCCCGCUCAGCAGCAGCGACCGGAGGAUUUCAUGGAUGAGGAUGACAUCCGGGAGGCAGAGGAAGCGCGGCAGAUUGAAACCACGAACGACUUUGCCGGAUUUGGAUCUACCGAGACGGAUGCCACCCGUCGAGGAGGGUUGAUGGACCUGCUCAAAACCAGCGGUGAAACGAUGGGCGUUAAACUGCUGAAGAAAAUGGGCUGGAGGGAAGGCCAAGGAAUCGGUCCCAAGGUGCGACGUACGGCCGAUCUAGGAGAAGCAUUGGGCUCCAAGGGCGCCGAGGCCGACAAGACGUAUCUGUUCGCCCCGGAAAAUCCGCCGAUGGUGGCCUUCAUACAUAAGACAGAUCACAAGGGACUCGGGUUCGAGGGAGAAUCUCGUUUAGAGUCCCGCAAGGAUGGAGGCGAUGCAUCGGAGGACGAGGAUCAGUUUUUCGGUCGACGACUCAUAGGUCCGGGCAAGGCCAAGCAGCCCAAGGCCAAGGAACCUCGGCGUGGAGCUUUCGGCGUGGGCGUGUUGAAUGACACCGGGUCGGACGACGAUGAUCCAUACUCGCUAGGGCCACAGAUCUCCUACAACCGAGUCAUCGGGGGGGACAAGAAGAAGAAAAAGAAGAGCUCCACCGAUAUUGGCAAACCCGCCAUAUCGUCCUCCAACCCUCUUUUCAACAACAAGCCGGUCUUUAUAUCUAAGAAAGCGAUUGCGGCCAAAAGCUCCGCCGGUUUUCGCAAAUGCCAUGACGGGCGUUUACCCUUGGAAGGGUUUCUCCUCGCCGACGGCAUCUCAGGCCUCUCCAUCUCGUCCCAGGAGAAGAAAUACGCGCCGCCUGAAAUCCCCAAAGACUGGAAGUCUAGUAAAGCACCGACAACGGAAAGGAACAAUAGCGACUACGUCUCCACGGCAGAAGCAGCCAAGGCAUCUUCGCUGGAUCCCGCAUCCAGAGCUGCGCUCUUGGGCGAGGCCCAGCUACCCGGGAAAUCCAUCUUCGAUUGGAUGACCCCGGAGGCUCGGGAGAGGAUUGUGAAGCUUACGGGGAAAACCAAUCUACCGCCGGCCUUGGGCGAGAAAGCGCCGAAGGGAUUUGAACUGUCCAAUUCGCAGAAGCGCAAGGACAUGUGGGAUCUUGUCCCCAAACUGGACAAGCAAAUCGCCGUGCAGGCGUUGACCAGAGCGGCGAGUGGCUGGAUGCCAUACUCCGAGGACCAGAACAAACGCUCGCGAUAUCGGACAUUCCUGGAAGUGCGAGCCGAGCUUCGAGAUACGCUGCCCGAGCGGGUUCCUGGCUCGACCACCGACGAGUGGGUUGCGGAACUCCACGAGUUUACGCGAGCAGCGGAGGUCUUCAAACCCAUGUCCGGGUUGAUGGCCUCGCGGUUUACGUCCGCAUCCUCCGGGCCAAAGGGGUCUGCAGAUGAGUCCGACCCUUCUGCGACCGACUCACCACUGAGCAAACCGGCCGAGAAGCCUGAGGACCCGGCCGUAGCGGCCGCGAAGAUUGGAAUGUUUGGGCCGAUGACUCGACGCACCGUUUCGUUCUACCCCUCACGUCUCUUGUGUAAGCGGUUCAAUGUGAAACCUCCAGACCAUGUGCAACUUGACCCGGCCACACAGCCGGGACGAGCGGAACCCAUGCCGGGCGGACGCUUCGAGUCGGCGGGGUACCAGACCGAUUCUCGUCCCAAGGAAUUGGUCUCCCAGGAUGUGAUGAGCCAGCUGAUGCUGGAGACGGGCGGGUCUAGUGCCUCGGGCGCAGGAGCACCUGCAGAGGCAGAGAAACGCCCACCGGUGGUGAUGGAACCGGAGCGCAACGAUGCCCUGGAGACAGAGCGACCGGGAGAGGCGGUCUUCAAGGCGAUUUUUGGCAGCGACGAUGAGGAUGAAGAGGACUGAGUGAAUUGCGCAACCUUUUUUGUAGCUAAGGGGGCACGAGGAAUCGAUAUUCACCGAGUCAAAAUAGAAUUCAACGGCUUCAAUAGCUUAGUCGCGUCUUCCCUGGCCUUGGAGGAACGAGGAUCUGCAGCUAAACGACGGUUACACGACAGAGGUACAUCGAUCUGGGGGUCGAAGACGGUGUGCAGUCGGGAUUGGGCGACAACCGGCGGUCUAGUCCGUAUAUUGGAAGAGAAUAGAACUGUCGUAAAGAUGAAAGGCAUUAUUCAGUGAUGAUGAAUAGUCCCGAUUCGCAAGAGUCAGCGAUCGGAAGUGGAGG